GCUAGAUGGUAAAUGUGUUUCUGCUGAUCUGAGCUCUGCAGGGCACAGGAACCCAUGUCUUCCUGAAGCAUCUCGAGGGCCUGGGUGACACUGUCCAUGGUGAGGACCCCACAGGGAGGUGCUGAUGGAUGGACUGAGGGUCAAGGAGACCCCAUGAAGGAGGCUCUGACAGGGAAGGAUGUGCCCUAGGUCACCUCACUUGCAAAGGGGCAUCUCAGGAAACGUCCUGGUCUAUUUCCUGAUGCAUCAUCGAAACAACAACCAAGCUUUUGGGAGAACAGUCUCCCUUCCUGUGGGGCUGUUGACGUGACAACUGGGAGGGCCUGCCUCUAAGUGGCCACACCCUGUGCAUGUGUACUGAGGGCACCAUGCUCUCCGUCUGCACAGCCAGACCAGAGUGAGGAGACAACAUGAUCCCCACCCUCGUGGCUCUGCUCUGCCUUGGGCUGAGCGUGGGCCUGAGGAUCCGAGUGCAGGCAGGGACCCUCCUCAAACCCACUGUCUGGGCUGAGCCAGUCCCUGUGAUCCCCUGGGGGAGUCCUGUGACCAUCUGGUGUCAGGGGACUCUAGGGGCUGAGGAAUAUCGUCUGGAUAAAGAGGGAAGCUCAGAGCCCUGGUUGAAACAGAAGACACUGGAGUCCGGGGACAAGAUCAAGUUCUCCAUUACAAGGAUGAGAGAACACAUUGCAGGGAAAUAUUACUGUUACUAUCUCAGCCCCUCUGGCCUGUCAGAGCACAGUGACCCCCUGGAGCUGGUGGUGACAGGAUCCUACAGCAAACCCAGCCUCUCAGCCCUGCCCAGCCCUGUCGUGACCUCUGGAGGGAACGUGACCUUCCAAUGUGGCUCAUGGCUGGGAUUUGACAGGUUCAUCCUGACUAAGGAAGGAGAACACAGGCUCUCCUGGACCCUGGACUCACAACAACACACCACAGGGCAGUCCCAGGCCCUGUUCCCUGUGGGCCCCAUAACACCCAGCCACAGGUGGACGUUCAGAUGCUAUGGCUGUUACAGGAACAGCCCCCAGGUGUACUCACAGCCCAGUGACCCCCUGGAGCUCCUGGUCCCAGGUGUGUCUGGGAAGCCCUCCCUCCUGGCCCAGCAGGGCCCCAUCGUGACCUAUGGACAGAACCUGACCCUCCAGUGUGGCUCUGAUGUCGGCUAUGACAGAUUCGCUCUGUCCAAGGAGGGGGGACAGGACCUCCCUCAGAGCCUUGUCCUGCAGCCCCAGGCUGGGCUGUCUCAGGCCAACUUCUCCCUGGACACUGUGCGCAGCUCCCACGGGGGCCGGUACAGAUGCUACGGUGGACACAACCUCUCCUGCGAGUGGUCGGCCCCCAGUGACCCCCUGGACAUCCUGGUGGCAGGAUGGCUCUAUGACACACCCUCCCUCUCGGUGCAGCCGGGUCUCACGGUGACCUCAGGAGAGAACGUGACCCUGCUGUGUCAGUCACAGACCCUGAAGGACACUUUCCUUCUGUCCAAGGAGGGGGCAGCCGAUCCCCCCCUGCGUCUUCCAUCAGAGCACCUAGCUCAGCAGUACCAGGCAGAGUUCUCCAUGAGUCCUGUGACCUCCGCCCACGGGGGCACCUACAGGUGCUACAGCUCACUCAGCACCUCCCCCUACCUGCUGUCACACCCCAGUGAGCCCCUGGAGCUGCGGGUCUCAGCCUCCCACCCCCUAGACUACACAGUGGAGAACCUCAUCCGGUUGGGCGUGGCUGGCUUGGUCCUGGUGGUGCUCGGAGUGUUGCUGUUUGAGGCUCAAAACAGCCAGACAAGUGCCCACCAGGUGGCCAGGAUGUAAACAUAGAAGGAAAACAACGCACCUUCAGAGAGGGUCACCUUGGAAAUGAAUCUGAUGUGCCCAGAAGACUCUGGAAGAGCAUCUGGGACCUAUGCGGAGUGACCUGUCUGCAGCUCACUGCAGGGGGAGCAGUCAUUGUCCACGUGCAGAGAGAAUGUCUCGGACCUUUUUCAUUAAACUGUGUACACUUCCUUCCCCACCAUUGCCGAGUCCAGUGACUGGGUCCUGACUUUCCCCCUUACGAAGGAAUGAGCAUUUAUCCCACGUGGCAGAUUUCAGUCCACACCUCCUACACUUUCAUGGAAUAGGUUUUCCUUGACUUCUCGUCACACAAACAUUGAUGGUUGGACAGAGUUUCCAUCUUCUGAGUUCAGAGCCAUCUAUUCGAAUCAAUUGACAAGGUGGCAUAACCGAGAUCCAUCCCACAGGAGAUAAAUCAUAAUCAUGGCCUAUCGCCUCUCUGGACUCCACCCGCCCAUCGAUUUCCCUCAGAUGCCACCUGUGAACUUUCUUCAAAAACCCACCUUUGGAUCUACAGAUUUCUGCUGUGGACGCCCAGGGACUCAAGCAGAUGAGGGCCUGUAGCAGCAGCUCAUCACCAUGAAGACCACUCUCUCUGUCUCAGCAUCUACUCCGUGUUCUACCCAC